GAUGGGCGCAGCCUCCCUGGAACCUGGAAUCCGAUGCUUCCCCCCCGAUCUCCCAGUCGCGGAGAAUCCGUGUUCCCGGUCGAGACGCGAUUCUGUUUCUCUCUCUCUCUCUCUCUUUCUCUCCCUCCCCUUUUCUCAUUCUGUUUUCUUUUCCGUGAGUAGCCAUUCCUGGGGAAAAUCGUCCCUUCGUCGGCGUCUCGAACAACUUUUCGAACGUAUCGCCGCACCUUCGUGAUCCGUCCGCCCUGAAAAAAUAGCUCGCACGCGCGCUACGUUACACAGAAGGGUUGCCCUCGUCCGUGCUGCCGACAGUGUCGUAGGCCAGUGCGGCUUGAAAGCCGUUGACCCGCGCGAAACCAGUCGAUCAACCCCUUCGCUAUGUGAAUUCACACGCUUAUUUUGCGACGCGCGUGUCCCGUUGCUCUUUAAAGGGUCUUUAAAAGGUGCGCAGCAAUCUCCGCGUGAGAACGGUCACCGUCUUUUCGCGCAUCGUGUCGCUAGGUCAUAGGUCGCUCGCCGCUCGUAAAAAAACACUGGAACAAUGUUCUGUGUGCGUUAUCGCAUCGUCGUGACACUGUCUGCAACAGCGUCGUCGAUCGCUCGUCUCUAAACAAGAGUUCCUCUAUUCUGUUGGUCAGCACCGGGAUUGGGGAUUAUAUUAGGCUAUCCCCGCGUGUGUUUAUCUUCGAUCGCGAAUUUAUACAGUAAGAUGAUUAUGUACACAGUCGCCGAGGAUCAUAUGGGCGAUAAUGAGAUCGCACAGGUGAUCGCAUUCAUAUGCGGGAUCAUAGUGAUAUUACUGAUGAUAAUGGGUCUUGCAUCCACCGAUUGGCUGAUGGCUCUGGGCUGGAGACAGGGUUUGUUCGCUCACUGCAUCGAGGAAGGCGCUCCGACACCUCUGCCCUUUAAUAUGCCUGAUCCUCCGGGAUGUUAUCAAGCCAGAGAUAAUGCUUAUAUAAAAGCAGCCGCAGCCUUGUGCGUGGUGUGUCUCUUGACAGAUAUUGCAGCGACGAUUCUCACUGGGCUUGGUUUACGAACACAGGAUCACAGGGACAAACACAAGUACUACAGAUUCGCAGUAUUUUGCAUGGGUAUUGCGUUCGUAUCCCUUUUGAUCGCGCUGAUCAUAUAUCCAGUAUGCUUUUCAGCAGAACUGAAUCUCGGUAAUCGAACCAUGUGGGAAUUCGGUUGGGCAUACGGAGUCGGUUGGGGUGCAGCUAUUUUUCUGUUCGGAGGAGCGAUACUACUGUUAUGCGACAAAGAAAGCGAAGAAAUUUACUACAAGGAGAGGAAAAUCGUACGUGACGACAUUGGAGGUGGUAAUUCCAUGAUCGGUAUGGGACAUCACGCUGUUCCACGAAGUGGAACGCAGCUAGCCUAGUGGCAUUGCUCCCUGCCCGAUGUUGUUCUCUAGGUGAUUUGUUUCAUCUUUUUCUGCUCUCACAGUUCGACACAUGCGCAUACGGGAAGACGUACAUGCCUAUGAGAAUGCUUGAGAGUUUUCAUUAUCGGUAUUUUUUGGAGACAUCCGGUAUAGACGUGAAUCCGUUCAUUAGACGAGUGUUCUAUCAGUUUCACAUGGGGGACACACAAUAAUGUCCUAUUAAAGGAAUGGCAAACGAUCCUCUUACUUCCGACUAUUCCUGAUUUAGCAAUCGCAACUUUUAUACGACAAUUUUGGGACCAUUAUUAGCUUGAUUCUGUUAUAUUUCCUAGAUUGUGCAUAAUCUUGAACAAUUUUAUACAUACGCGCGUGCAUUCGCGUAUAUAAUGUUUUUACUGUGAUUUAAAGUUGGAAAGUUUGUGUCACAUGACGAUGUACUGCAUUUAUUAUCCGUAAAAUUAAAUCGAUAAGAAUAUCGUA